AUGAGAUCAAAAAAGGGUUGUGAGGUUCAUCAUCAAAUUUAUUUGAUUGUUUCGGCAUUGGUUAGAGAUUACUUUAUAGAUAUUGCCAUUCACUAUGAUCGUUAUUAUUACGAAUUCUUGCCACAAGAGAUUGCCGACUUUUUAGGUAACUCUUUGUUCUUGUUUGGUGUCUUUCUCAACCUUUGGUGUCUCAAGGCACUCGGUGUCAAGGGAAUGUACAAUGGAGACAGUUUUGGUCAUGUAAUGGAUGCACCCGUUCAAUCUGGUGUUUUCCAAUUAUUCAGUGAUCCACAAUAUGUUGGUACCACUGCUUCUUGUCUUGGUUAUGCUAUUAGAUAUCAAAGUUUAAAUGGUUUUAUUUGUACAAUUGUAAUGGGAAUUGUAUUUUACAUUUCAGUUAAAUUUGUUGAAGGUCCACAUAUGAAUAGAAUCUAUUCAAACAAAUCAGCAUCAAAGAUUAAUUUCAAAAACUUUAACAAGAAGAAUCUAUAA